CAACAUUCAACAGGCAUGGUAGGCAAACGUGGGCAAUUUAGCGUCCGGUGUAUUCUGCUGGCGUCCACGAGAUGAGCUUCGUCCGAGUGUACUGGUGCAUUGACUGGUAGCCGCUGGUAAUUUCGUGGUUCGCGACGUGUGGACCGUGUGCGCGGGGUGCAAGGAUACGCAGAUGUGUGAACUGCGGUUGUGGGUGUUCCCAGUGUUUGCCGUGCUGCCCGCAUAUAUACCGUCAAAAGAAGUGCUGAAGUGAACUUACUUGCGGAAUGGUGGCUACAUGUUGCGUGCCCGGAUGUAAGAGCCGUUCACAGAUCGGAAGCGGCAUCCGUUUCUUUCGUUUUCCAAGAUGUGAUCCUGAACGACGCCGAGAAUGGAUCCGCGCGGUGGGAAGGCAAAACUGGGUACCGAACAGCCACCACCUCAUUUGCAGCAAGCACUUCUUGGAGGGUGAGCCAAGCGACAAGUCAGACAGAGACAAUCCGGACUGGGCUCCUUCCGUGUUCUCUUUCACCAGCAUGAAGCGAAAAGUUGAAAUGCGUCGGCUGGACAGGUUUCAUAGGAGCCAGAAACAUCUCCCUCACUUCGCAUCGUCAGAAACACAAUCUAGUCAGCACUUUAAUGCACAAGAAAAACCUGGAGGUGCCAACACCAUCACUUUUCCCGAGUUCAUAUUAUACAACGGUGUCACAGUUCCUAGUCUCAUCAAGCCAAAACCUGUGGCAAGCCAGGUCACAAUUCUCGUCACCUCAACGACGCCAGCACCGCUCAUCGCACCCACAAUGUGCAUUGCGCAUACCACAACCGUGAUGUCUACCAAUGCUCCGAUUGUACACCAUGCUGUGAGCAGCUCUCAGCGGGCACCUGCAGCAUUUCAGAGUGUCACGCCAACACCGGAAGACGAACAAGCAUGAAGAAGAAGCAUUGAAUAUCUGUGUCACCAGCGUGUGGAGCAUGGCUGCAGACUCGACCUCGCCUGCAGCUGAAGCUGAGGGUAGGUUUGGGACUGGAUAGAAUGGACAGAAACAGUCGAGGAAACGUCACCAAUGGCGGAAGGGGGAGAAGUACGGCCAUUCAAGCGACUGGAAUCGCACCUGGAAGUGGUCAGUGCGGGAAGGUCACCUAGAAGAUGCUAACCCCGAAGGCAUCCGCGCGAAUCGAUCAACUAGAAGGCGUAACACUUCCUGAGCACCUGCCAGAAGAGAGGUCUCAUCUACCCGUGCCAGUUGCCAAGCAGCUCGAGACUGCAGACGCAUCGGGAGAGACAUCAUUGCAGCUGAAGAUUGUGGACGUCUGGAGCACGGCCUCCGAUUCGACCACGGCUGCAAGUGAAGGGGAGGAAGAGCCCGCUAGUCCCACAUAUCUUACCAAUGAUGCCACAAUCUUAUUCUAACACUAAGAAAGCAGCAAGCCCUGCACGUCGUGGCAACACCUUCAAGAAAAUCUAAUUACACCAAGAAGUGGCCAUGCGAAGCUGAAAGGCAACACAUUGCAGCCCACUCAGAAGCGGCACUUGAUUGGCUAAUGAACGUUAAUUUUGCCCAAUGCACAGAUCUGUCAUGUUGUUAUCUCAUGCUCAGGGCCACGGUGACCCAAAGGUGUUGGGUAUCGGGGCCAUUACAAGAGGUACACUUUUAAUUGACUGAUGAGCAUUUACUUAAUUGUACAUUUUGUGUACAUGUUGUACAUUUUGUGUAGUUUUCAGCAUUUUAAUAAAGGACGUUUUAUAUUUAGAACGCUUUAGCAAUUAUGGAUCACUUAUUGAGAGCACCAAAAAGUAAUUGCUGUCUUUUGAAUCCUUAAUCAAAGCCUGUCACAAUGAUUAGCACACAGACAUGAACGUGUAGAACACAAGAAUACUUGGAGAAGCACUUGAUAACACCGGUGAAGAUACGAAACAAGAACUUUACAGAGUGUGCACUGGACAUCAAGUUGUGUCUUUCUGUCUGCUUGUAUCACAGAUGUGCUUUGAAAUCAGUACUGUGCUUUCAUUUACCUUUUCUUGUUCAGGCAGAAGUCAUGUGAUAAUUCUGGCUGUGUAUAAUUCAUGUCCGAGCAUUAAAAGUGUGUUCACUGGUUAUGAU